GUCACGCAAAUGUUAUUAUACCCUACUACUUCUGGAAAAACAGUUUUAUGAAGCAUGACCUUUUAAUCUCUUUGUGACCUAUUAGAAGGGAACCCCGCUGAUAAUAAAUCGGGUUAUUAAGUUAAUUCAGUUCAGGACUCGCUCUAAUUAUAAAACGAUCCUAAAAUAGAGCGGACUGUGUCUGCGUCUUCAGCUAAUCGCUCUCGUGUGUCUGCUGGGGGAUUUAUAGGAAUGAAUCAGGUUAAAAGGGGCACACAAGUCUGUCCCAUGUUCGCUGCAUUUGGUCUUUCGGUGUUUUGAACGAAUCUUUUAAACGAACGAGUCGUUUUCGUUCACUUCCAUUCAUCAAUGAGUCAUCUCAGAGCAUGUCGUUUGUGAACAAACCGAAUGAACUACUAGGACUUCUCGUUCAUUAAUGAAAUAAAAAAGCAUCGUGCUGAAGAUGCUUGAUUCUAUUGACUCGGUUAAGUGAUUCAAAGAAUCAUUCACUACUGGAGCAUCCUGCAGACUGGGACACAGAAAGCAUCAAUGGAGGAGUGUAAACAAACCAUUUUAGUGAAAAGAUUCAUGUCGUUUAUAUUAAUCAAAAUCCCUAACAUCAGUAGACAGAUAAAUUAAGCCUUGAUUCAUGUCAUUUAUAUUUAAAAAAUCCCGAAAAUUAUUAGGCAGAUAAAUUAAACCUUAAUAUACAUAAUGUAGUAUUUAAAUGUAUAAAAAUAGACUUUACAUGUAACGUUACAAUGAUACGAUAGAGCAUGUCUAAUAGUAUAAAGGCAGAGAAAUCCUGCAGUCAGUCUCGCGCAGUGAGUUAUGACGAGUCUCGCGACAGUUCCACGCUAUUCAUCAACUUCACUCUUGUUUUUUUGGAGCGUCCCGAGAGACUGUCGAGAUGGAGAUAAAAAACAGGGGUGCUUUGAAAAUCGCUAGAUUCAGUACCUCGUACAUUCAGUGCCCUCGACGCAUGCACAACGUGUCUUGUACCACGCAAAGUGUGUUAAUAUGUUUGUAAUAUACCAUACUGUAAAACUGAAUAGUUUUUUAUUCAUUAAAUAAUUCAGUCUGCUAUGUUUUUCCCCUCUCCCGCGAGUGGUACGUUCCGCGGGGUGGCGGAAGUCUCGCUCUGCCAUGUUGAGCGCUUUGUUUCUGUGAGUGAGACGCGAUGAUGGAGCAGAGCUGGAGCUCUUUCUUAUUCCAGCAGGCUAAUGAAGCCCUUCACCACCAGCACCAUGUGGCCCCGAGCAGCCUGCUGCCACUGCUGAACUCUGAGCCACAGGACCAGAAGCCUGUGAUGCCCAUUCUACUGGACCACAAGCCCCCCGUCAGUGCCGCCGAGCUCCUCAAGGACAACGUAGCCAGUGGGACAGGGGGAGGAGGGGGUGGGAAUGCCGGAGGAGGUGGUCCAAUGCCCGUGAUCAAGAAAGAGCACAAGAGCAAGACGCCAUUCAUCUGCGGCUACUGCAACAAGGCCUUCCGUGACAGCUACCACCUCCGCCGGCAUGAGUCCUGCCACACCGGCAUCAAAAUGGUGUCCAGACCCAAAAAAACGGCGCAAGCCGCACCAACCAUGGUCCCACUCAUCUCCACCAUGUCCCGUGAGACCACGGGCGACCCUGCCUACAUCUCAACCAUUGCUGGCAUCCUUUCCACGGCGACUACUUCCACGUCCUCCUCUUCUACCAUCAUGUCCCCGAUGUCCAUGUCCAAUGUGACCCAACACAGUGCCCCCAAAAAGCCACCCAAACCUGUAAAGAAGAACCAUGGCUGUGAAAUGUGCGGGAAAGCCUUCCGGGACGUUUACCAUCUGAACCGUCACAAGCUGUCACACUCGGACGAAAAACCAUUCGAGUGUCCUAUAUGCCAGCAGCGCUUUAAGAGGAAAGAUCGCAUGACGUACCACGUGCGCUCACACGACGGAGGCGUCCACAAGCCUUACGUCUGUUCUGUGUGUGGAAAGGGCUUCUCGAGGCCUGACCAUCUCAGCUGCCACGUGAAGCAUGUCCAUUCUUCAGAGAGACCUUUCAAAUGCCAAGUAACGGCCUGUACAUCAGCCUUUGCCACCAAAGACAGACUUCGGUCACAUAUGAUUCGGCACGAGGGGAAAGUCACUUGUAACGUGUGCGGAAAGAUGCUGAGCGCCGCCUACAUCACCAGCCACUUAAAAACACACGGCCAGAGCAACUACAACAAUGCCUGUAACAAAGGAGAUUGGCAGUGGAACCACUCAGGGCUCAGAAAAGAUAACAGUGACGUCUGCAACUCUGCCGCCACCACGCCAGUUACAGCCACAAACCCCAUCACCACUGCAAUGAACCGCGGCCACACCAGCCACCCUGUGACCAUAGCAGCCCAGAUGAACAUCUCUACCAACACGGUCAACAUCACGUCUCCCGUCAGCCUGCAGCACCCGGUUACCAUCACCGGCCCAGUGAACAUCGCAUCAGUCAACAUCCCAGCCACAGCGCCCAUGAACAUCGCCCACCCAGUGGCCAUCACCACACCCAUGUCCAUGAACAUCGCUACUCCGCUUAACAUCGCCAUGAGAUCUAUGGACUCUAUGCCCUUCCUGUCCCAAAUCUUACCGUCUUCUCACUGGUAGAACCAGGGGCGCUGACCAGCAUUUUUGCCCUGACUGCCGUGCUACUGACGCCUGAGUGGCAUGAACCAACCCAUCCCAUGGCUACAUUGCAACACUAGCAGAAGAUUUGCACGGAUUUCCAACUCUCUCUGGCCUUCAAAUAUGUUUGCGUUUUGCGCACCUGCUGAGCAGCUCUCUAGCAAGGCAUUUCGCAAACCCAUCUGAGCACUUCAAACCCCGACGAAGGACAUUUUUAAGGACAAAUGCAAUAAUUGAUGUGCAUUUCGAAUUUUUUUUUUUUUCAUAAACAGUGCCGAUGAGCACCUCAAUGAUUUUGAAGUGUAACCUGCUAAUCGGUAUUUAAGGAAAUUAAUUUGAAAUGAACUGUUGCUUCCAUUGGGAGGGAGGAUUUUUACAAUAUUUUCUUACAUUUAGAUUUUGCGCAGAGGUGUGAGUGCGUGCGUGCAUUUGUAUGUGUGGCAAAUCUGAAGCGGUACAGUAGAGAACUUUUUUAUUGUUAUUAUUAAUGGCGUUCAUCAUGUUUACAACUAUUUGUUUUUUUAAUGAGGGGAGGGCAGGUUCUUUCGCAUAUUGUUUAUGUGGCCAUUGUUAGCUGUUGCGUGUUUUCUUUUUGUAUACAGAAGAAAACGUUUGGAGUAAGGAUAGAGAGUCUUGAACUGAAAGCAUAUCCAUAGUCUAAUGAGGCAGUAUUAUCUAAAUAUAAAUAUCAUGAUGUGUCCCAAAUGGUGCACUUGAUGUGGUCGCUAUGGUCUCAUGGCCUUUGUUUGUGCAGACUACUACUCGACAGCCUGUGCAGCAUUACUUCACCAAACCGUGGACUCGGAGAAGGACUGUAAGGGCCAAGUGUGUUUUUUGGGACAGGGAUUAUGAGCGUUAGAUAACCAGCUCAUUUAAAACAGCGCCAUCUAUUGGUUGGAGUACCACGUUGAAGACCUAUAAAGGUUUAAUUUGGAUUUUUGCCUGUUAAAAGUAUUUUAUAACCUUGUUUUUAAUAUUUUUAUAUAAUGUUUGCAAGAUCCCUGUUCUAAAAAAAAAAUUUUUACAAAGGAAAUGUCCUGAGAAUAUGAAACGAAUGUGAAUAAUACCAGGAAAAUGCCUUGGAAUUAUUCAUGUUUGUAAAUAUUUCACUUUGUUUUUAUUUCUUUCCUGUGUGUGUGUUUUUUGUUUCAGGUUUUAUUUCUAUUUACUGUUGUUUGUUUUUUUUUGUUUUUUUUUUUUGUUAAAUGUUUUUGUACGUUUUUUUUUUUUUUUCGUUUUGUUUUUUAGAUUUGCUUUUUUAUUUUAAUUUUUUUAUUAUUAUUAUUAUUUUUUUUUUAUGUGUUAUUUCAACAGCAGCACCAUCCUGCUCAUUUUAUUUGGCUCCAGUGUUUUGGAUUUUGUAGACCAUUGUUUCCCGUAGCUAAAGCCCAGAAACACCAUUUAAAAUAAAACGCAUGUCUUCAGUCUGAAAUAAUGGAGAAUGUUUACAGACUGCCUCUGGAAAUUUCUACACUGUGGUGGGUGGUUACGUGCUGGGCUGUGUGGACUAAAGAGUUUAAUUGUUUUGUGUUAAUGAGAACAAUAGUAUAAAGUAGGAAGUGUGAACUGUAAUUCACUACACGGACCUGUCAUCAAUGUGAAGGAAUUUAGGUAUAUAUCGGCCACUUCCUCUACAUGCUUCCUGUGGAUGGAGCAGGUGCCAGAGAGAAGACUGCUGUAGUGAAAACACUAAUUAUUCGACUUGUAUGCCAAUUUUUUUUGUGGGUAGUUUUCCCACCGCAUUAUGUGAUGUGAUGAUCUGGAGUGUCUGAAUGGAUGCCGUCCACCCCAGCACUGAGUCUCAGGAAGGGUAUGCUUUUUCCUGAUCAGACACACUGAAUCCCUGAUCCGUGUGUGUGUUUGUGUGUGUGUGUGUGAAGCAUUUGAUUCUCCCAUCACACUAGAACAAACAAAAGCAUGUUUCUAUCGUUUACUUUGUGGGAGAGUGAGAAUGCACAUUUCUGCAUUUCAUGGUAGAUGCAUUACAAUUGCCUCUUUUAUUUGCCAAAUUGAAACCAAUUAUGAAAUCCAAUGAAGUGAACAUUUUUGAAUUGAGUCUAAUGUUGUUUGUUUUGAUUCAGUUGAUGAACUGGAUGAUUUUUGGAGCCCCUGUGAAAGCGGUUGAAUGUAUAUGUUUGUACAGAAGUGUUUAGAUCAGAAGAUCUUAGAGAACAGAUAGACAUGUGAGCGAAGAAAAGCAAAAUAACCUUUUAUAAAACUUUUGUAUUAGUACAUUAACAAUGGUAAUUUUGUAUAUAUGAAGACUAGGCUUUCUGAGUAGCAGAAAGAAAAACAUUCCUACAUUUUUUUUAAAUGUAAGUUUGUCAGAAAUAACUAUGUAAACAUGCGCAAUGUUUUAUGUGCCUUUUAUUUGGAUUGUCUAAAUAAAAACUGUAAAACAUGA